AUGAAACCAAACAUGUAUACGCGUGGAGAGCAGAGAAGAAGUAGAUAUAGCAGUAGAGCUAGUUAUACUGCUCCUGUGGGGUCUGCGGGGGACAUGGUGAGGAGCAAGAUUAGACCAACAGAUGGCUGUUACACACUAACUGACUCUCAUGUCACUGUUGUAGGAGCAGCUGGUGCUGGUGCUGGUGAAAAAUGUCACAAACAAUAA